CCUGAACCUGGGUCAAGGGCGCUGUAACAUAUUGCACUGCAGGGAAACGACUCAGAAAAGGAAACAUUUAUUGCAAUUCUCCUGAACCUGGGUUAAGGGCGCUGUAACAUAUUGCACUGCAGGAAAGACUCAGAAAAGGCAACAUUUAUUGCAAUUCUCCUGAACCUUGGUCAAGGGUGCUGUAACAUAUUGCACUGCAGGGAAACGACUCAGAAAAGGAAACCAUUUAUGGCAAUUCUCCUGAACCUGGGUCAAGGAUGCUGUGACUGACAGGCUACCCUGGCUCAGUUAUCACAGUGCUGAUGCUGUCUAGUCUAAAGGUACAGUACUGUGAUAACUGAAGGAUGGCAGCCAUCUUAACAUCAUGAUCUCACAACUUACCAGAAGACUACGCUCCGGCAUCUUGUUUUGUGCUCAGAAGAAUUCUUAUCUGGAAAUGUACAUUGCUACAGAAAAUAGUAAUUACUGCAAUAAAACCAGUGAAAUAUAUAUGGGCUGAUAAUAUUUACUUGCGCCCCUUUCACAUCAUAUUUAUCAGCUUCCCUCUUUGGCGAUUUUUCAUUUUUGCACUUUUACCUCUUCGCCUUCUAAAAAUCAUAACACUUUCAAUUUUCCACCUAAAAAGCCACAUGAAGGCUUUUUCUUUGCGCCAACAAGUUUGCUUUGUGAUACCGUUAAGAAUUUCACCACAAAAUCUAAUAAAAUUAUUUGUGGGGCAAAAAAAAAAAAAGCUAUUUUGUAAUUUUUAGCGGCUUCCGUUUCUACCCAGUGCAGUUUUCGGUAACAAAUUGCACCUUAUAUUUAUUCUGUAGGUCCAUACGGUAGCAAGGAUACCCAAUUUUAUAUACGAACUCACUAUUAUUUGAUACACGCAUGAAUGGGAGUGAAUAAGAUGAGAUCAGUUUUACAGCGUCGGUCUUAACAUUCAACAGAAGACAUGUUUCUAGUUUGACCGUGGCAUGAGAUUUUACAGCGAUGGCUUUCUGUGCAAAAAUCCGAAACGCCAAGAGGUGCGAAGUUGACGCCAUUCCUCCCAGAGGUAUAGAAAUCCAUUUUUACCUGGGAGACAAGCCCCCAUUAUCGUUUACAGAAGGAACAUACACGGCAGAGGAUCUGCUCAUCGAGGCGGCACAGAAAUGCAAUAUUUCACCAUUGUGCCUCAAUCUGUUUGCACUUUACAAUGAGAAGGACGACCUCUGGUUGCCUCCAAAUCACCUCUUCAAGAUAGAUUCCAAUACAUCUCUGAAACUGUUUUACCGGGUCAGAUUCAUUUUUACAAACUGGCAUGGAACGAAUGAAAGUGAACCAUCGGUCUGGAGAUAUUGCCCCAAAAAGCAUAAAGACAGCUAUGACAACAAGCAGGUCCCGGAUGGGACCCCGAUCCUUGAUGCCAGCUCCCUGGAUUAUAUUUUUGCACAGGGCCAAUAUGAGUUGGUGAAAUGUCUGGCACCUGUCCGAGACCCAAAAACUGACAAUGAGAUGCAUGAAAUAGAGAAUGAGUGCCUGGGGAUGGCGGUGCUGGCGAUCUCUCACUAUGCCAUCAAGAGGAACAUGCAGCUGCCAGAACUUCCCAAAGAUAUAAGUUACAAAAGAUAUAUCCCAGAGACCUUAAACCGAACCAUUAAACAGAGGAACAUCCUCACCCGGACGAGGAUCAACAACGUCUUCAAGAACUUUCUGAAGGAAUUUAACAACAAAACGAUCUGCGACAGCAGCGUCUCGCCCCACGAUCUGAAGGUGAAAUACAUGUCCACCCUGGAGACAUUAACGAAAAACUACGGCGCAGAGAUCUUCCAGACAUCGAUCUUUAAUAUUACCUCAGAAAAGCCAUAUAAAAGUCACGAGGUGCACGAAGUCAUGGUUACUGGGAACAAUGGGAUUCAGUGGAGGCCGAAACCAGCGCCUGAACCCAAUGAAAAAGAGAAGAAGACAAAGAAGAAGAAAGGGGACAAUAAAAAUAAAAAUGAUUCAAAGGAGAUCAAGAAUCCAUGGACCUUCUUCUCUUACUUCCCCGAAAUCACUCACAUUGUUGUGAAGGAAGACACGGUCAUCAUAAAUAAUCAGGACAACAAGUGCAUGGAGCUGACUCUUUCCUCUCCAGAGGUGGCGCUCUCCUUUACAGCCUUGAUUGAUGGAUACUUCAGACUCACCGCAGACGCUCACCACUAUCUUUGCACGGAUGUCGCUCCUCCUCUGAUAGUGCACAACAUAAUGAAUGGUUGUCAUGGGCCAAUCUGCACGGAGUACGCCAUAAAUAAACUACGACAAGAAGGCAACGAAGAGGGUAUGUACGUACUGAGGUGGAGCUGUACGGAUUUCAAUCACAUUCUCAUGACUGUGGCCUGCUCCAAAGUAUCCCAGUAUGAAUCCAAGAAUCUGAAACAAUAUAAAAAUUUUCAAAUCGAAGUCCGAGACAAAACGUACUGUUUACUGGGCUCAGACCGCGUCUUUGACAACUUAAAGCAGCUGAUGGAACACUUAAAGGGACAGGUCCUCAGGACGGAUGACGUCAGCUUCACAUUGAAAGGAUGCUGCCGUCCUAAACCAAGAGAAAUAUCAAACUUACUGAUUGCCACAAAGAAGGCCAUAGACUGGCAGCCGGUUUACCACAUCAGUCAGCUGAGCUUUCACAGGAUCCUUAAGGAUCAGAUUGUACAGUUGGAGCAUCUGGGAAGAGGGACUAGGACGCAGAUCUACGCAGGAAAGCUGAACUACAAAGACGAUAACGACAGCGAACCAAGCGAAUUCGAAAAAGACAUUAAGGUCAUCCUGAAGGUCCUGGACCCAAGCCACAGGGACAUCUCUCUGGCAUUCUUUGAGACGGCGAGUAUGAUGAGGCAGGUGUCACACAAGCAUAUCGUCUUACUCCAUGGCGUAUGUGUGCGAGAUGUGGAAAAUAUCAUGGUUGAAGAAUUUGUAGAUUUCGGCCCUCUGGAUUUGUUCAUGCACCGAAAGAGCGAACAUCUUACAACUCCAUGGAAAUUCCAGGUUGCCAAACAGCUCGCAAGCGCCCUGAGUUAUUUGGAAGAUAAAGACCUGGUGCACGGGAACGUUUGUAUGAAGAACAUUCUACUAGCCAGAGAAGGGAUAGAUACUGAAUGUGGUCCAUUUAUAAAGCUGAGCGACCCCGGCAUACCAAUAACUGUGCUCACUAGACAAGAACGUGUAGAGCGGAUUCCCUGGAUUGCUCCAGAAUGUGUUGAUGACUCCAAAAUUUUGAGUGUCGCAGCCGAUAAAUGGAGUUUUGGGACCACCUUGUGGGAAAUCUGCUUUAAUGGAGAAGUUCCUCUGAAGGAUAAGACCCUGGCGGAGAAAGAAAGAUUUUACGAAGGCUGCUUCAUGCUGACCAAACCAUCGUGCGUUGAGCUGGCCAAUCUGAUCAUAAACUGCAUGAACUACGACGCCAACAGGAGACCCUUUUUCCGGGCAAUAAUGCGGGAGAUCAAUAAGCUGGAGGAGCAGAAUCCAGACAUCGUAUCCGAACCGUCUCAUUCUACACAAGUUGAUCCGAGUUUGUUUGAGAAGCGGUUCCUGAAAAGAGUGCGGGACUUGGGAGAGGGUCACUUUGGGAAGGUGGAGUUAUGUCGAUAUGAUCCUGAAGGUGACAACACCGGCGAGCUGGUCGCUGUGAAAUCCCUUAAACCGGGAACAGGAGGAACCCACAUCUCUGACCUCAACAAGGAGAUCCAGAUUUUGCGCAAUCUCUACCAUGAGAAUAUCGUGAAAUACAAGGGAAUCUGCGCGGAGGACGGCGGUAGCGGCAUUAAGUUAAUCAUGGAGUAUCUUCCUUCUGGAAGCCUGAAGGAGUAUUUGCCAAGGAAUGUCAACAAGAUAAACCUGAAGCAGCUGCUGCAGUACGCCAUCCAGAUCGCCAAGGGCAUGGCUUACCUAGGCUCCCGUCAGUACGUCCAUCGGGAUUUGGCCGCAAGAAACGUCCUGGUGGAAAACGAGCACAGAGUAAAGAUCGGAGAUUUCGGCUUAACCAAAGCGAUCGAAACCGACAAGGAGUAUUACACGGUGAAGGACAACCUGGACAGUCCGGUGUUCUGGUACGCCCCCGAAUGUCUGCUGCAAUGUAAGUUCUACAUCGCCUCUGAUGUCUGGUCAUUUGGUGUCACGCUGUAUGAAAUACUGACCUACUGCAAUUCUGAGGAUAGCCCAAUGACGAAGUUUCUCCAAAUGAUUGGACAGACUCAGGGCCAGAUGACAGUGACUCGUCUCAUCCGGAUUUUGGAAGAAGGAAAACGUCUACCUAAACCCAAAAACUGCACGGAUGAGCUCCGUCAACUGAUGCUGAGGUGCUGGGAGCAAAACCCAAGUAGUCGGGAUUCCUUCCAGACCUUGAUCCAAGGAUUGACAGACCUGAUAAACAAGAUGUAAGUGCGCUGGAGGACCGGACUCUAACAAUUGCUGCUCCCAUGGAUGCAUAGUCUAGAUCCAGGAUGUCAGUCUUCCUCUGCGAGACGAAAACCUUUUUAUUAGCGGCGGGUUUGGUGGAGAGCGUCACUACGCACAGUGCACAAGGAUACAGACAAUCACCCGUACUGAGACCAGAUCUUAUUAUUCCUGAGGAAUCCUAGAUUCUCACUAGUUCAUUUCCUGACUGUUCUGGAUCUUUCUGUGCUGCUGCUUUAGCUAAAGAA